UGACAAAUCGCUAUUUACUAUUUCGUAAAAUAAAUAAUUCCGGCUAAACUUUGUGGAAAUAAAACAAAAAUAUACUUUUUUAAUUAGAUGUGUAAUUUAUACCACAAGUUUUCUCUACACAUUUGAUUCUUAUUGAAGCAUCAUGGCAGAUGCGCUAUUUGGUUGGGAUCUAACUUUCAAGACUGUCGAGAAAGAUGUGAAGCGAAAAUCUGAUGUUCUCAUAGCUUUUAUACAUUGGAAUUUAACAAAACGAGGUUUUCGCAGCAUCGGUAUUGGUGAUGAGCGUACAAUAACUGGAAAUGAAGCUCAGAGUGAAUUGCUCCCAACAGGAUGGAAUGAUAAAGACAACUAUACAAUGAGGUAUAUGUUUGAAGAGAAAUUGUACAUUCUUCAUGGACUGAAUACUGAUGGAAAUCUUAUUGUCAACCUAAUGAGGUCAGACGAUUUAGCUGUAUCAAACAUUGCAGUUAAAAUUGACGAUACGGUCAAGGAAAUGAUGGGAGCUAUAGACACACUGAUGCCAACUUAUAAAGAUCUCAUGUAUAACAUUAAAAGAGAUCUUAUUGACUCAAUUAUAUCCGGGCCAACGGCUACAGCAGAGACUCAAACAACUAGAACUGACUCCACCAGCAGGAGGCCACCAGAAGACUUCCUAAGAGAGCCAGGAAUGCCUAUGCACCGACAGUCUGACACAAGGGACUUGUGGGGCCUUCCUCCGUUGAAUGUUGGCCGUUCAGAUUUGGACCCCUUCUCUCCUGGUGGUGGUGGAAUGUUGUUCAACCCUUUUAAUCCUCGUGGUGAACUCGAAAACCCUGGGCUUGGUAUACCUGGUGGACUGCCGAGGGGAGGGAUUCCUCCAGGCGCCCGUUUCGACCCCGUGGGCCCCCCUGGCGGCCCCAUGCCUGGCAGGCGCCAGCCGCCUCCCGACGCAGAUCACCUGCCUCCGCCGGGUUCCAACGAUUUCAUGUUCAUGUAACCAUGUAGUAGUUUGAUGAAAUAAAGGUCACCAUUUCAUUUGAAACAA